UUCAAACAAGUAAUUAUAAUUUUGUAUUUACUAAAUUAUAUAAUUGUUUAUUAAUAUUACUGUAGAUAAACAACAAACAAAUUUUGUGAAAUCAGAUGCAAAUUUAUCAUCAAUUAAUAGCAAAACAAAAAGUGAUGACAACAUUAAUGACAAUUCAAGUGAUGGUAACUAUAAAACCCAAUUCAUAGAGAUGUCAGCCAUAGGUUCGGGUGGUUUUGGGAUUGUAUUUAAAGUAAAGCAUAGAUUGGAUGAUAAGAUAUAUGCCGUUAAAAGAGUACAAUUCGGGGAUUAUAAUGAUGAAAAGAAACAAAGAAUUUAUAGAGAAGUAAAAAAUUUGGUAAAACUGGAUUCAGAUUUUGUCGUUAAAUAUUAUGACUCAUGGCUUGAGUCCAAUCAUCUCUUCAUUCAAAUGGAGUUCUGUUCACAAAAUCUUAAAUCUGUUCUCAAAGACAAACCCAUUGUCUUCGAGAGACAACCGGAAGGAGAGAUGAAUAGUGUGUUUGAAUAUUUCAUUUCGUGUGAAAUAUUCAAAGAAAUCUUAGAAUGUGUUCAAUAUUUACACGAAUCCAAACCUCCAAUCAUUCAUCGGGAUCUCAAACCCGACAAUAUAUUAAUUUCAUUCAACAUUAAUGCCAAUCGGUUUAUAAAACUGUGUGACUUUGGUUUGGCCACCGACCACAACACCGAUGGACACACUGUCAGCCGAUACGAUCAUACAUCAGGUGUGGGCACACUAGCAUAUAUGGCACCCGAAGUGCUUUCAAGUGGUGUUUAUAACCACUUAUCAGAUAUUUAUAGUCUCUCAUUAAUCGGUCAGAAGUUGUGUGGUAUCGAUCUUCAGGCUUCGGAAACAUUUGUGGCCAAUGAAUCUGCAUUUAAGACAUCAAUACAAUGUCUAUACCAGGCAUUAGUUAAUAUGAUGUCAACACCCUUUUGGCGACAAAGGCCUGAGUGUCGGGAAUAU